AUGUCUACUACACGUGGUUAUGGGCGUUCUGGUUAUGUUGGUCAUCGCGGUGAUUCUACUUUUAGUAGUAAUUCGACUCCUUCUAAUGAUUCUGGUGGUUCUAGUAAUGCUCCUUAUGUUGGUUUUUUUAAUGAUCCUUAUUGUAAUGGUACUCUUGGUGGUUCUUCUGGUGGUAGUGGUGGUGGUGGUAGUAGUUCUUGCGGUGGUGGUGGUAGUUCUUGCGGUGGUGGUUGUAGUUCUUGCGGUGGUGGUGGUAGCUCUUGUGGUGGAGGUAGUAGUUAG